AUGGCGACGGAUGUGGGCGAGGGAUACACGUACAACUCGAGCACGAUUGUGCGCGUCGCCCUCGCGGCCGGCAUCAUCGUGCUGGGCGUGUGUGCGCUGCUGCUCUUCAUGAAGAUCUCAGGAUGGGUGCGCUACCGCCAACGCGUGAGCCGCGAGCGCGCGCUCCGCACCGCGCAGGACGGCGAGCAGCGCGCGCGCGCGUUCGAGCUCGCCGCGUGGGCGGAUACGCCGGGGCAAGCGCCCGUGAGCGGCGGCGAGCCCGCGCGGCGCCGGUGGUGGCGUCGCGCAGACAAAGACGCCAAAGGCUUGCGCGGCAAGACGAACGCGUACGCCGUGUACGAGUGGGAAGGGGUGCCGCAGUAG